AUGCCUACGGCGCUUCGGCAUUGUAUUCGGAACACGCCUCCAGGAUCACAGAGGGAGUCUUUAAAGACAUUAUUCAACGUGCUUAAGCUGCAAUACAAGUUAGCUUCGGUCUGUGGCAAGCAUCUUCGCAGACUUGGGCGGGGACUGGGUUUGAGGACAAAUCUGCCAAGUGAUGUGUUGCGAGAGCGGAUAGAGAAGGUGUAUCAGCAACGGGCAGAUCUAAGGCCCUUAAUGACGAGAGAAUCAACCUACUGGUGGUUCAGACACGACACUAGACCCUUGAAAUACCCACAUAUUGACCUGGAAAAGUUUUCCUUUGACGCGAGGGCCGUACUAAGUCGCUAUACCGGUCUUAAUGUUGACGAUCUACUAACCACAUGGAGUGUAGAUGGCUCCAUCGUACUUUCUGGGUUAUUUGAUUGGUGGUGGCAGUCUGAGGAUGUCAUCGCCGUCGUUCAUGAGGAAUUCGAGAUGUAUCACCAUCAUUUGCAGUCGCUCAAAAGAAGAAACGAUUCUGGGUGGCUGAGAAAUAUGUUUCACUCGCUCGUACAGCAGCUCAUGCGGCAGGAUCCCGUCUAUUAUGCUGUGCAUUGCGCCCUUAGACCCGAUCAUGCCUGGCGAUUGGUUAGUUAUCCUUAUUAUACCAGAGACGCAUGCCCAGACGACUCCACCCUUCCCCGACAUAUUGACCUUGACGUUUCUCAUUGGAUGGAGACUGGCGAAGGAGAUAAUAUGAUACAGGGCGGUCUGUCUAUCGAUGAUGAAGACGAUUCGAGUACGACAGAGGUUCUUUUGGGUAUGCACUCGCAUCUGAAGGCGUGGUGGAAGCUUGUUGAGGAGCGCGGAUUGGGAGGAAACGGUCCAAACAGCCACGUGACCGAUCAGAUGUAUACGGAAGAGGAUAUGGCUAGAUUUGAAUGCCAAUGGACCUCUCAGCCCUGCAAAGCUGGCGAUGUUCGAUUUAUGUCGGCUCUUCUCCCUCAUGGCGGUACGGGACCUGCCACCAAGCGCCAACGUACAUUGUUCCCUUGUUUUGUUGCAGUGGCUGACGAUCACCAGAAGUUGGACAUAGAAGGAUCUGGGACGUGGGCUGACGUGGCCGCGGCACAUCGAGAUCUUAUUAGGGUGCUACAUUUGCCGUCCGGCGACGCCCCGGUCCAUGCGACCCUCCCUAUUCGAUUUCCUCCUGCCGCUGAACUUAUGGAUCUUAGCGCUCUGUCUGACGCUUUAGUUGGACGUCGUCGGUGGACGUCACCGGCGGUUAUCUGGGAACGCAAUGUCGUGCUUGGAGAUGAUGACGAUGCCGCCUUAGCUUUCGUGCAAGGUUGGAGGAAGAAUGCGAUUAAGAAUCUAUUGAUCACCUGGGAUCUCAUUCGAUACGCUGAGCGCGCAUUCUUCGGAGAAAACUCUUAUUUUUAUCAUCGCGAUCGUAAGUCCGAAGAUUUCAGUAUGGCUGGAUGA